AUGAAUCUUGUCAUCUGUGAAGAGCAGUUCUGCGAAAAUGUGAAAUUUCUUUGGCCGAUCAAUACUUAUGCCAAGAUGCAUCCCUGUAAGUCAUCUAGUUACUACAAGUACAAUGUUAUGCUGAUUUCAAAACGCCCUCAGGGUGAUACUUCAGGAAAUGACGAAUGUGAAAGCACAAAAAGAGCAGUGUCAUCAGUCUUCUCCACCCCUUCACUGGAGACGUCGUCGUGUUCCCACCCCUUUCCUCCAUCUUCCCUCAGCUCUCCAAGCCGUUUCCGUCAGUCAGCGUGGCACUGUCACCGUCAUGCUCGUGCUCAGCAGCCUCAACCGUGGGGCCUACACAUCCACAGGUCAUUUCCCUUCUGUGGCAACCUCUACAUGGUGAAUGGCGGGUGGGGUGUCCACCCAUCGCGCAUCUUGCGCAUCGAUCCGCCAGAUGACUCCAACCCCUCCUCUUGGUCAUUGAGACAGCCGCAAAUGGUCGCCACAUGCCCAGUCGAGCAGUUGAGUUCACCUGCACUGGUAGAAUGCAAUUCCGAGCUUCUUCUGGUCGGCUAUAACAAUGGAUAUUCACGGUUAGUGGUUCUCCGGGUUGCUGACCUCAUAAGUGGAGCCCCCGCCAUGCCGCUGACAAGCAUCGCCGACCAAACUCUCUUCAUUGGUGCAUGGAACAUGUCCAUCAACUCCAAGAGCCUACCAUCCGUCCAAGGGAACUCCAUUGCCAUUCUCAGUGCCAUAGGUGGCGGCCUUGUGGGCAGGGGAGCUAUACCGCAAUAUGAUCUGGGCAGCGCGCCUUUUCUGGAACUGUGGGAAAAUCUUGUGUUUCUACCUAGACCAAGGAGUGGAGCGCGGAGGGGAGCAAACGUAAAGAGAAGGGUCCUCCUGCCGGAGCGGAGCGGCGCCAUGACGUGGCCGGCUGGCCACCGCCGGCUCAUGGCCACGGGCACGUCGUCGUCGUUGUCCCCGGCGCCGUCGGGGACUGACGAGUCAGGUGCAGGAGGGCGGGGCUCGAGCCAGGACGCGAUGAAGAUCAUGGUGUCCGUGCUGGUGGUGGUCAUCUUCUGCACCCUCUUCUACUGCAUCUACUGCUGGCGCUGGCGGAAGCGCAACGCUGUGAGGAAAUCGCUGCUCCAGAGCCUGCGGCCCAGGUCGAGCUCGGACCUGCCGCUCAUGGACCUGGCCUCCAUCCACGCCGCCACCAACAACUUCUCCAAGGCCAACAAGCUCGGCGAGGGCGGCUUCGGCCCUGUCUACAGGGGGGAGCUGGCCGGCGGCUCGGAGAUCGCCGUGAAGCGGCUGUCGGAGCGGUCGCGGCAGGGCGCGGCGGAGUUCAGGAACGAGGUGGAGCUGAUCGCCAAGCUGCAGCACCGCAACCUGGUGCGGCUGCUGGGCUGGUGCGCGGAGCGCGACGAGAAGCUGCUUGUGUACGAGUACCUCCCCAACCGCAGCCUCGACGCCUUCCUCUUCGACGCUAGCAAGAGCGCGCAGCUGGACUGGAAGACGAGGCAUAGCAUCAUCCUCGGCGUCGCCCGUGGGCUGCUCUACCUCCACGAGGACUCGCUGCUCAAGGUCGUCCACCGGGACCUCAAGGCCAGCAACGUGCUCCUCGACAACAAGAUGAACCCCAAGAUCUCCGACUUCGGCAUGGCCAAGAUCUUCGAGGACGAGUGCAACGAGGUCAACACCGGACGCGUCGUCGGAACAUAUGGGUACAUGGCGCCGGAGUUCGUCAUGGACGGCGUCUUCUCGGUGAAGUCCGACGUGUUCAGCUUCGGGGUGCUGCUGAUAGAGAUCCUCGGCGGGAAGCGGAACGGCGCGCUGUACCUCGAGGAGCACGAACAGACCCUCAUCCAAGACGCAUGGAAGCUGUGGACUGAAGACAAGGCGCCGGAGUUCAUGGACCCGGCGCUGGGGCGGUGCUACCCCAAGGAGGAGGCGUGGCGGUGCUACCACGUAGGUCUCCUCUGCGUGCAGGACGACCCAGACCUCCGGCCGACUAUGUCCAGCGUCCUGCUCAUGCUCAUCAGCGACCACAUGAACCUCCCCGCGCCGGCGAGGCCGCCCAUGUUCACCAGGCUCAGGACCUUCCCGGCCUCCAUGAUCCCCUUCUCCACCAGGACCGAGUCCACCUAUUCGCCCCAGUCCAUCAACGACGUCUCCAUCACCGUCAUCGAGCCACGAUAAGAUUGUUUCUUCCUGCCGCGCACGCUAGGUGUUUUGUUGUGUACAUACUAGCCGAGUGAAUUGUCUGUUGACGGCCGGCCGAUGAUGGAUUUUUGUAGCUGUCGAUGUCCAAGCAGUACGAACAGUUCGUACCACGGUGAACAUUGUGAGUGCAUGCAGAUGGUGACAAGGCGAAAUCCAUGAUUGUGUACAGUGAUUAUCUUUGUUUACAACGUGACAAAUCAAUAAUUUUUGGCAUGUCAAGGCAA